CGCGAAAUCCAGAGGGCGCUAGCACAAAUAAACUGUGGCACAUGGGUAAUGUCGGUCCACUUUUAAUGCAAUUGUUCUGCAUUUUUCAGCGCCUUUCGAAGGUCUGAUUGUUUUACGUUGUAGGCGAACAACUACUGCAAAUAAGCUAGCUAACUGCUUUCAGGUUUCCCUUCAGCGUGAGUGAUUAGUUCUGUUUUAUAGUGGCAGUUCGGCGAUCAUCCGUUGCGAUGUCGGAGCCCAAAAUAUCCCCGAGUGAUCCGUUGAAGCUUUGGUACAGCAUAAAGGGCGAUGUCAGGACAGCAAAGACUGUUGCAUUGGAGUCACUGACACUGCAGUCUGUCGACAAUUCUGUUUACGUCAUGUUGCAGAUGAACUGUGACUUCAUAAAAAAGUUUGAGUUUCUGAAUAUUUCAGAAAUAAUAGUCACAAACCUCCGAAAUGGCAUGAGCCUGAUGGAGAUCUCGGAUUGUUUGAGAAUCCUUGCAAAAUAUGCCAAAGAGAUGCUGAAGCCAACGAAAGAACGGUACAAACACUGGAACAAGAUUCCUUUUAUGAAAGCAGGUGCCCCACAGAAGUGGACCAGGAUGGACGUAAGUUCUGCAUUUGUGACCGCAGAGACAUUUCUGUGUGGUGUAAUUUUUUUUUCUGAGCUUUUUCUCGGAUGCUUUUGGUGUAUAACAAUUGUGAGAGCACAAGAGAUCAGAAGACAAAUGUGAAUAUCAAUUGUUUUAUUUGUUGA